GUUCACCUGAAUGAAAUUUUUUGAUGUUAGCAAACCACGUGAUUCUUUUUUUACCUGUACCGGCUACGUGUUACUACUUACUCAUAUAUACAAAAAUCAUAUCAAUAAUUCGUAUACCUUUGGACGGAGUACCUGUAAUCGUUUGACCAGAUCAAAAUGCCGUCUCCUACAAUCGUACCAAACUGGAAUUACGACGAGGCUGUAGAAGCUGAAGCAGCUGAACAACUGAGAAAUGCUAUGAAAGGAUUCGGUACAGAUGAAGCAGUGAUUAUAGAAUGUCUCAUGAAAUACAGUACCGAGCAAAGAAUUAAAAUAGCCGAAACCUUUAAACAAGCCUAUGGACAGGACCUUAUUGAAGAGCUGAAAGGUGAGCUUGGUGGAGAUUUUGAGGACACUUGUGUGGCUAUGCUAACACCAUCCAGACUUUUGGAUGUCAAAGAGUUAAACAAAUCAAUAAGUGGUGCUGGAACUGACGAAUCAACACUGGUGGAGAUAAUGUGCUCUAGGUCAAAUGAAGAAAUAGAAGAGAUUAAAGAACUUUACGAGAAAGAAUACGAAUGUUCAUUGGAAGACGCCUUAAUGGGAGACACAGGUGGAUACUUUGGUAGAUUAAUGAGAGCAUUGGUACAAGGUGGACGAGACACUGAUGAUGUAGAUUACACGAGAGUAGAGGAAGAUGCCCAGAAAUUAUUUGAUGCUGGUGCCGCACAAUUAGGAACUGAGGAGGCCGAAAUCAACUCUAUUCUGUGUGUAAGAAGUUUUGACCAUCUACUAGACGUUUUUGCAAAGUAUGAAGAAUUGUCUGAGGGUACUUCAUUGGAGGAUGCCAUCAAAAGCGAGACAAGUGCAGAUUUGCAAGAUGGAUUUUUAUCAAUCAUUCAGUGUGCCAAAAAUAAACAAAAAUAUUUUGCUACGAGACUGAACAAAGCUAUGGAAGGAUGUGGUACAGAUGAUUCCGAUUUAAUCAGACUUAUUGUCUCGAGAAGCGAGAUUGACUUAGGCGAUAUCAAAGACGAAUUUCAACAAUUAUAUGAAAAAUCCUUGGAGGAAGCCAUUGAAAGCGAGUGUGGUGGGGAUUACAAAAGAAUGUUACUUGCACUUGUCCAGGGAAAUCAUUAACCAAAAUUUUUACAUAGACAUAAUCAAUGAUAAUUCAGUUUAGAGUUGGAGGCUUCUCCAAAAACAAAGUUAUACCCUUUGUCAUUUUACCAGCAAAGUUUACAAACAGUUAAAAUUAUACUGCAAUGACUAUGAUUAAAAUGAAAGCUUUUGGAAAUUAGCUUUUUCAACUUUUAGUUAACACACGAGACUAGAUUUAUAUUUAUGUUUUUUUCUGAUAUAAAUUUUAUGUACAGAGA